ACCACCGGCAAAGGUGGAGCUAAGACCACCGGCCAUGUUAAACAACAGACCACCGGCAAAGACGGAGCUAAGACCACCGGCCAUGUUAAACAACAGACCACCGGCAAAGGCGGAGCUAAGACCACCGGCCAUGUAAAACAACAGACCACCGGCAAAGGUGGAGCUAAGACCACCGGCCAUGUUAAACAACAGACCACCGGCAAACCUAACCAUGCGACCACCACCUGCACCACCAAAGGCAAACAAAUGACCACCGGCAAAGCUAAGACCACCGGAAAAGGCGUAGCUAAGACCACCUUAAAAGCAAAAGACGUAGCUAAGACCACCGGAAAAGGCGUAGCUAAGACCACCUUAAAAGCAAAAGACAUAGCUAAGACCACCGGAAAAGGCGUAGCUAAGACCACCUUAAAGGCAAAAGACGUAGCUAAGACCACUGGCAAAUCUAACCAUGCGACCACAGACCAUGCUAAGGCUAAGACCACUGGAAAAGGCCAAGCUAAGACCACUGGCAAAUCUAACCAUGCGACCACCACCGGCCAUGUUAAACAACAGACUACCGGCAAAGGCAUAGCUAAGACCACCGGAAAAGGC